GUCGCAGCUGCCACUGGGAUUGCUCGAGCUCUGUUUAGUCUGCUUGUCGACCACAGACUGAAGAGUGAACCACCAAAACUGACACAGGCUAUGUAGCUAAUCAGGUGCUAAGUCCGCUAACUUGCAGUAAAGCAGCAUUCUCUCUUAACACCUGUGGGAGGGUGUUAUAAUGGUUGAAACGCGAAGGGUAGCGAAAACGGAAAGGCCAGCAGCAGUUACAGGAGGCAGCAGGUCGUUGUUCAGGAUGUUUUAAUUAGCCAGAUCUUGCUAAUGCGGAAGGCAAUCCUAACAGAGGUAUCAAUGGUUAGCAUAACGCAGGGGGACAUAACAGUCUGUUCAUUGUGAAGACGAUUCUUUCCGAGAAGAGGAUGUCUAAACGCCUGCGAAACACUGAGCUCUGCGCUGAUUGCAGUGUCCCAGAGCCUCGCUGGGCCUCGGUGAACAGAGGCGUAUUGAUUUGCGACGAGUGUUGCAGUGUUCAUCGGAGUCUGGGCAGACACAGCUCCCAAGUCCGCCACCUGACACACACACCAUGGCCUGCUACACAGUUACAGAUGGUUCAGACAUUAUACAGCAACGGCGCAAAUUCAAUAUGGGAGCACUCUCUUCUGGACCCUGCGUCUGUGAUGAGUGGGAAACGCAAAGCCAACCCUCAGGACAAACUGCAUCCAAACAAGUCAGAGUUUAUAAGAGCCAAAUAUCAGAUGCUGGCAUUUGUCCAUCGCAUGCCCUGCAGGGAGGAUGACAGCUCCACAGCGAAGGAUUUAAGCAAGCAACUUCACUCGAGCGUACGCACUGGGAACCUCGAGACGUGUUUAAGAUUGCUAUCCCUUGGAGCACAAGCUAAUUUUUUUCACCCUGAAAAAGGAAACACUCCAUUACAUGUAGCAGCAAAGGCAGGACAAGUAUCUCAGGCUGAACUAUUGACUGUUUAUGGGGCAGAUCCUGGAGCCCCGGACAGCAACGGCAAAACUCCCAUUGACUAUGCAAGGGAAGCUGGCCACCAUGACCUGGCAGACAGACUGGUGGAGGUCCAGUAUGAACUGACUGAUAGACUGGCGUUCUACCUGUGUGGGAGGAAGCCAGAUCAUAAAAGCGGUCAGCACUUCAUUGUUCCACAGAUGGCUGACAGCAGUUUAGAUUUGUCAGAACUGGCCAAGGCAGCAAAGAAGAAACUGCAGGCUCUAAGUAAUCAUUUAUUCGAGGAGCUGGCCAUGGACGUGUACGAUGAGGUGGACAGACGAGAGACUGAUGCAGUGUGGCUGGCUACACAGAAUCACAGCACCCUGGUGACAGAGACCACUGUGGUGCCUUUCCUUCCGGUAAAUCCAGAAUACUCAUCAACAAGAAACCAGGGGCGACAGAAGCUUGCAAGAUUCAACGCACAUGAAUUUGCAACUCUUGUCAUUGAUAUUUUAAGUGAUGCAAAGCGCAGACAACAAGGGAACAUGAUUUCUAGCCCCAAAGACAAUGUUGAAUUCAUCCUGAAGAGCAUGGCUGUGAGGCACUGCAGUGACAGUCAAGACAACGACCAGCCGGACUACGAUAGUGUGGCGUCUGAUGAGGAUACAGAUCAAGAGCUCCCCUCCAGUAAAGGAGACAGGACCAAGAGCCUGGACUCUGACCUCUCAGACAGCCCCAUUACCAUGCAGGAGUACUUGGAGGUGAAGAACGCACUCUCAGCCUCUGAAGCAAAGAUCCAGCACCUGAUGAAAGCCAACAAUAACCUGAGCGAUGAGCUGCGGCUAAUGCAGAAAAAGCUGCAAUCUCUGAAAAGCGAGAACACCUGUCUCAGGCGGCAGGUCACUACCAAUAUCUAUCAGGUCCCCAGCGGUUCAGACUACCCCGACCCCUCCAGCCCCUCAGCCCUGAAACGCCGGCAGUCUGCACGGGCCAGUCGGCCUAUGUCUAUGUAUGAGACUGGCUCAGGCCUGAAGCCCUUUCACCCCAAAGGGGAAAAUCCCUACCCUGAGGAGGCCCUCCCCAACCUGCAACCCUUCCCACCUCAUAAGGAAAGGGGCGCUUUUGUGACCACAUCCUCAUCCCUCCCCUCAUUUCCAUCCACCCUGUCCUGGCCGAGGGACGAAAGUGUUCAAAAGGCUCCAAAGUUAGAGAAACAAAGCAGCAUGCCUGAAAGUGACUAUGAUAACACGUUCAAUGACUCUGAAAUGGAGGAUUCAAGUUUGUGCAGGAGAGCGAGGCUAAGGAGCAGUGGCUGGAUGGGAGAGGGCAGCUCCAUCCCCGAGCUGGCAGAUGUAGAGAUGGAGCCUGACCCCACACUCCCGAGCACAGAGGAUGUCAUCCGCAAAACCGAGCAGAUCACCAAGAAUAUCCAAGAGCUGCUGCGAGCAGCUCAGGAGAACAAACAUGACAGACCAUGUGAGCGUGAAGGUGUGCGCAGGCUCAGACACAGCCUGGGAUGUUUCAGCACUCUGGUGCCUUGGGCCGAGAAGGCCCCCCCUCCCCUUCAGCCGCUCAGCCUCCGGUCCCCUGACCCCUCCUCCUGCUUCAUACCCUGCUCAGAAAGAAUACAUGUGGCUGUAACAGAAAUGGCUGCUCUCUUUCCUAAGAAGCCACGCUCAGAGACUGUGAGAGGCUCUCUGCGCUUGUUGACCUCGAGUGCGUAUCGGCUUCAGAGCGAGUGCAGGAAGGCGUUGCCCUCAGAAGGCUGCCCAGGACCGGACAUGCAGCUGGUCACCCAGCAGGUCAUCCAAUGUGCUUAUGACAUUGCCAAGGCAGCCAAGCAGCUUGUGACCAUCACCACUAAGGAGAAUACACACUAACAGCACUUUGAGGCUGCAAAGCAGUCGGCAUCUCAGUUUUGUUCUACUCUAAAUAUUUCUAAUGAUUCUGAUGUUUUGUUUUUUUGUUUUUGUAUUUGUGGUAUAUGCAUGCAUGUUUUUUUAAUUUAUGAAUGAUUAACACAAAUAUUAAAAGCUAAAUCUGGACAAAAUAUGGGGGGGUAAGGGAAAGGUUCAGCAACUUUACUUAGAGAGUAAAGUUCUGCUGUGCUGCUGAUUUCAAAGCCCAAUAUCUCAUGAGGGAACAUUAUAACUUCCACAAAUAAUGUUACACCUAAAUACAGCAGCUAGCAGGUAUGGGAAGUGUAUAGUUUUCUAGACUACUGUUAAUUAAAGUCAUUUAAAUCUUAAUCAGUGGACGAUGUAAAUAAACACCUUUUAUUCAAGAGACGGAGUUAAGCACAGUACGGCAAAUCCACCUGAUAGUUUUGGUUACUGAUUCAGUCCAAAGCCAGACAUGGAUGCUGCAAAGCCAUAACUGACUCACUGAAUGCCAAUACAACAGUCUUAUAGUCAAAGAAUCUUCCUGUCAUUUACAUCAUCCUCAUACUGCGAAGUUUAAUCUCCAAAACCAAACUGACCAUUAAUGCCAACUUCUAUUAAAUGUUGGGAACUUAAUCCAUGCACAUGUUGUAGCUCUGUAAUCCUAAUGUGUCUGCAUCCAAGAAGCUAUUUAUAUGUUUGUCAUCUGUCCAAGUGUAAUCCAGUCUGCAGUUCACUUGUUGCAGCUAUUCAUGUAUGCACAUUUGUUGAGUCAGUGAAUGCAACACUUGUUCAGGGGGCCAAAGUUAUCUUCUUCACCAGUGCCAAGAUGCUGUAUUCAUUGAUUGGGUGUGUCUCUAUCAGGCUCCACGUGAGGUUGUAUUCUGCGGUCUUGUGUGCCAUUGCGGUGCCGGUGAUGUUAUUCAGAGCCGAUAACUGUGUGCAAGUCCAUGUGUUUCGUGCUAUGUUCCGUUGCUGCUGAUUUUGUAUUUGAUGUGCAACAAAUGGGAUAGAACUGUAGACGUCUCCUGUAAAAAUGUGCAACCCCACUUCCAUCCUCAGUGUUUUCAAAGUUCGUCAUUUUGAAAUCUGAUCAAGGUAAUGUCCCUCUCUGUGCUCGAAAAAGAGCGCAGGGAUGUAUGUGAUGCAGCUGUUAAGUUGCACUUUGAAAAAUAAAUAUUUUCUAAAUAAAUGUAAUUUAUAACAAA